AUGGUCGCCUGCAUGGCAGAAGAGAUGUCAGAUCCUUCGCGCAUCAUCCCGAGGUCCCUUCUGGGUGGUAUCCUCCUGGUGACCACGUUGAUCGUUCUCACGAACGCGGCCUACUUCUCGGUCCUGGACCUUUACAGCGUUACUGCUUCGGAGGCGACAGCUGUCACCUUCGCCCGGACCUCGUGGGGCACGGCGGGUGCUUACCUGGUACCCAUAAUUGUCUGCGUCUGCACUUUCGGAACAAUGAGUUCCAGCUUUCUCAGCAACAGCCGGCUGAUGAUGGCCGCCGCCCGCAAAAGGCACCUGCCUUGGGCAUUCUCGCUCAUCACGAUGAACUCUUCACUGCCAAUCGUUGCAAUGACAUGUAGGUGCUGCCUCGCCAUACUUUUCGCCGUGACGGGCUCUGUGCGCUUUCUGGCCAAAGGUAGCAUGACAGUGUUUUGUGUCAUGAGUAUACUGGUGAUGCUAUCGAUGCUCAGAUUGCGCGUUACCAUGAAAGACGCCCACAGACCCAUCAGGGUGCCCACGUGGCUUAUCUUUGUCAACAUCACGAUUUCCCUAACAGUUAUCCUGGUGCCGGUCUUAGCAGCAGGUGAAGUCGUGCAAUACUUAGUCGCGCUUGGGUGUGUCUUGAUAGGUUUUCCCGUCUACUUCGUCUUGAAAGCGGUCCAGGGGUCAACUUCCGGAAUAAGCGGGAAUAGGUUCCUACAAAAACUUAUGCUCAGUGUCCCAUGUGUUCGUCGAUAGAGCACAAUGUGAGGUGAUUGUUGUUAUGGCAACAAAAUAUUCAAUUAUUUUAUCAGCUGUUACGGCUCCAUAUAUACAAUAAACAUGUCAUUAGUAGGGAGCCAACAGUGCACACCGGCAUCUGAGCCCUGCGUAAAGGAAAGUACAAUGACGUGCCAAAGACAGAGCAACAUAUAAAGAGAAUCGCCAAGAUAUUAAAAAAACGUGAAACUCCCGAGAGUUAAUUUUUUAUUAUUUAUAAUCAUGUCUGAAAUGUCAGUGUAGAAGCCACUG